UUUCGUAAUGUAUAUGUUUACUGAUAUCAAAAUUGGGACAUAAAAGAGGAUUUUUGACGCUACAUAUUAAAAAGUAACUUAAAGGACAAGCGUAGGUCUCAAGGAAGUGUGACGUACUUCGGAAUGGGACGCGUCCAAAAGGAUUCAAGCCGCUCUUCUAAUCACGACGCUGCAACGAGGAAAAGUGUCAAAGGAUACAAUUAAAUUACAGUUUCAGCACCGCUCAGACGAGAGAAAAGGAGGAAGUAGAUGUAAACCCACGCCUCGUCGCUGUUUGGUUCACUUUAUACGCGACCAGAGGCUGCUGCAGGCUCCCACGGACACCACGGUUAGAGCUCCUCCGGCCAGAUGAGAGAGCAGCGAUGAAUAGUGAGCUGUAGACGAGCGUAGGCUGCGUGGCUCACUAAAACAAACUCAUUGUCUCCAUUGUCUAACAAAAAACAGCCCAGAAAAUGGGGCAUCCUCCUUUGGAGUUCAGUGACUGCUAUCUGGACAGCCCGGACUUCAGGGAGACUCUGAAAUGUUAUGAAGUGGAGCUGGAGAGGACGAGCAAAUUUCUGAAAGAGUUGAUAAAAGAUGGCAACAGUGUGAUCACCGCAAUCAGGGCUUACUCUGUGGCAGUGCAGAAGUUUUCCCAAACACUUGGAGAUUUCCAGUUCGACGUCAUCGGUGAUUCCCUGACUGACGAUGAGAUUAACAUCGCUCAGUCGUUUCAGGAGUUUGCGGGACUCCUGCAGGAAGUGGAGCAUGACAGGAUGAUGCUGGUUCAGAAUGCCUCUGAUCUGCUCAUCAAACCCUUGGAGAAGUUCAGAAAGGAACAAUUAGGAGUAACAAAAGAGAAGAAAAAGAAGUUUGAGAAAGACAGUGAGAAGUAUUACUCCCAGGUGGACAAACACUUGAAUCUGUCCUCUAAGAAGAAAGAGAGUCAGCUACAAGAGGCUGAUGAUCUCCUGGACAGAGAGCGGGUAAACUUCUAUGAAUCGUCAGUGGAGUAUGUGUACCAGAUCCAUCAGGUGCAGGACAGGAAGAAGUUUGAUGUGGUGGAGCCGGUGUUGGCCUUCCUUCACAGCAUUUUAACACUCAACAAUCUGACAGUGGAGAUGACUCAGGACUUCAUGCCAUAUAAGCAAGAACUACAGCUCAGCUUGCAGAAUACAAGAAACCAUUACGAAAGCACUCGUGAAGAGAUGGAGGAGCUGAUGAAGAGGAUGAGAAAUCCAUCUCAGAUCUGUAAAAUGCACAGUUUUGUGCCCAUGGAGGGUUAUCUGUACUGUCAGGAGAAGUGGGCUCUGGGCAUGACAUGGGUUAAAUAUUACUGCAAGUAUCACAAAGAGGGAAGACUGCUGGUCAUGAUGCCCUGUGAGCAGAAGACUACAACUAAACAGGGCCCCACACAGCUGACGCUGAAGUCCUGCAUCCGCCGGAAAACCGAAUCCAUCGACAAACGCUUCUGCUUUGACGUGGAAACGAAUGAGAGAAACACACCAGUCACUUUCCAGGCUCUUUCUGACAGAGACAGGAAGUUGUGGAUGGAGGCCAUGGAUGGAAAAGAGCCUAUCUAUCAUUCCCCAAUCCACAAGCAAGCUGAAAUGGAACUGAAUGAAAUCGGAUUCAAGUUUGUAAGAAAGUGCAUUAAUUUCAUCGAAACAAAAGGUGUCACACAAGAGGGAGUGUACAGGACGGUUGGCAGCAACAUCCAAGUGCAGAAGCUUUUAAACGCCUUCUUUAACCCCACAAAUCCAGGAGAUGUGGAUCUCCACAGCAGUGACUGGGACGUCAAAACCAUCACAAGUGCAUUAAAGUUUUAUCUGAGGAGCUUGUCUGAGCCUCUGAUGACCUACAGUCUACACAGAGAUCUAAUGUGUGCUGCAAAGUCAGAUAAUCUGGACUUUCGGCUGAGUGAAAUUCAUUCACUGACCCACAAACUACCAGAGAAGAAUCAGGAGAUGUUGGACAUGCUUAUCAAACACUUGGUUAAUGUGUGCAGUCACAGUGAAGAAAACCUCAUGACUCCCUCAAACAUGGCGGUUAUCUUUGGACCCACACUGAUGAGAGCCAAGGAGGAGACUGUGGCAGCCAUGUUGGAUAUCAAGUUCCAAAAUAUUGUUGUUGAGAUCCUCAUUGAAGAACACAAAAAGAUCUUCAGUAAUGUGCCAGAGGACAGCACCGCCCCGCCUGUCCCACCCCCACGGAUCACCCCGAGAAAGCGGCAGCCCAUCACAAUCUCCAAGCGGCCGCCUCGUGUUUAUCAAGCGCUUAGUCACCACCUCUUUCAGCACACUGAGAAUGGACAAAACGACAGCCCUGUCCAGGACGGGGAAUUCUCAGCAAGUCCAGUUCCCCUACAGCGGACAAAACCUGUGAACAGCGCUCCUCUCGUUCCAAGAGAACCUCCUCCCAGACAAGCAUUAUUGCCCAGAACAGCCAGCCGUAAGGACAAACAACCAGACUCUGACCUUGGCAAGGCAGACAAUAUGAGGCAAAGGCCAGAUUCUUCUUCUACAGCUGCGAACGGGGAAUCUGGAGUCUAUGUAAGCCGGGUGCCUUCCUUCCAGAGCCGGAGACCUGCAAUCAAAGCUACAUCAGCCAACAGAGAAGGAGAUUCUGAAGGUUUGACCAGAACAAGGCCUGCAGAAAAACCUGCAAUUUGUAGACCUCCAGUGAGGCCUCCAGAGCCCCCCUCUAGAUGCCCCACUCCACAAAAGCCCCCCAGUGCAGCCUGCAGCGAGGGUACAAACACAUCCUAUGUUGCCUCCAAAACAAAGUUUUUUGAGAAUGCCUCCAAACAAGUUGGCAGUCUGCCAGCCUCUCCGUCGCCACCAACAGUGACACCUUUUAAAAAAGAGAACUGAAGAUAUGGAGGCUUAAUGGUUCCAUCAGGUGACAGCGAUUGUCAUCAAGCACGAGGGAGCCUCUUAAGAUGAAUUCAGUAUAAUCUUGGCGCGAUACCAUGGACUGAAGAAAGGCUCCAUAGAACUACAUGGAAAUGUUUGAUCCCAUCUGGUUAUCAACAAAAAGACUGUUGUUGGAUUUUGCACAACAGCAAACCAACCUUUGAGUUUGCAAAGCGUUUGACUCCGUUAUCUAUCCUUAUUAGAUAGUAAGGAUGGAGCAACAGCACUGUGUUCCCUUCUGUACCAACUGAAAAUGUUUUCAACUUACUGACAAUUGUUGCUCAUCAGUGUUAAAAAGUUUUUCGUAGUCACUUAGUGGACCCACUUAAUGCUCUUAGUAUGCAUUGUUUUAUAGAUCUCCCAUAGAACACUAAUUUGAUCAUUAAUUUUAAGUAUUCAAUAGCUUUAAUAUUAACUCUAUGAUUUCAGUGUUGAUCUUCCAUUAAACUGGAUUAAGCUGAUUGAUUUCAGCUAUGUGAUUAUCAUAAAGAACACUUGAAUCAAAUUUUAAUCAUGAAUGUAACAUGAGACCUAAAAUGUGAUUCAAAGACAAAAAAGUAUUUUACUUCCAAGUGUCACCUGCAUUCCAGUCAAUGUAUUAAAAUUAACAUCAUAAUUAUAAUACCAGUGUUCAUUUGAUAAAAUCUGAUCAAAAAGGGAUUAACUGGUAUACAUUCCCAUGCUUCUUACCUAAUUUAGGUAUGUAGGGUCAUACAGGUGUGUCUUAAAAACGUGCCUGGAACUGCUGAACCUUGUAUGAACAUUAAACAGCAAAGUAAUUGUUACACUAUGUGAAAAUAACACUCCAGAUUUUUUAUGUCUUGGUUCUUCAAUGGAUAUGUAAAUGUUUUAUUUUUCUGUUAACACUGCUUGAAAGUUCCAGAUAUUUUUGACUUUGUUUUCAAAGAGGAAAUAAAAAUAAAGGGAUCUUAA